AUGGAUCGUUAUGAGCAUGCGUUUGUGAACGAAGUCAAUGAGUUCACGGCUGCGAUUUUGGAUAAUAAGGAGCUCCCUAUGAAGCUGACCUCGGCAUUGACUUCAUUGAAGAUCGGAUUGGCAUUACAGCAGAGUCUAGUUAGCGGUUCUCCUAUUCGAUUUGACCAAGAGGGAAACCGGAUUAUCACAAGUGCAUCACUUUAA